CUACACGUACGGCCGGGCAGUAAAAAGUGGGCACAAGUGGGCACUGACUACGAUUGGCAACACUUAAAUACACCGCAAGCAGACAUUGUUAAGCAAUUGAUAAAUACAUAUAAAAUACCAAAACUGAUUGUAUAUAACGGAGACUUCGAUUCAAUUUGUAAUUUCAUUUCAAAUCAACGGUUUGUCUCGAGUCUAGGCUUUCAAAAGGCCGGUCAUUACAGGGAGUGGACAGUCGACGGAACCAGUGAUGGAGUGAUCGGAGGUUUUAUACAGAACUACGAAAAGGGAUUGAGUUUUGUGUUGGUUAGAGGGGCCGGACAUAUGGUGCCCACCGAUAAGCCUGAGGCCGGACUGCAAAUCCUUAAAUCAUUGCUUGGAUUAGCAAAAUUGUAAAGUCUAUAAAAC